UCUAAAACUCGGCACUUGCCGGUAUCCCGCUGUUCAUUGGCGCUUAGCCUACCUUCGAUUGUAACCAUGGCAGAACAACUAUCUGAAGAGCAAAUAUCUGAGUUCAAGGAAGCAUUCUCCUUGUUCGACAAAGACGGAGAUGGCACGAUAACCACGAAAGAGCUCGGAACUGUUAUGCGGUCAUUAGGGCAAAAUCCUACUGAAGCUGAACUUCAAGAAAUGGUCAAUGAAGUCGAUGUGGACGGAGACGGUACCAUCGAUUUUCCAGAGUUUCUGUCGAUGAUGGCGCGUAAGAUGAAGGACAUCGAUAGCGAAGAGGAAAUCAAGGAAGCGUUCAGGGUUUUCGAUAAGGAUGGUAAUGGCUUCAUUAGCGCCGCUGAGUUAAGACACGUAAUGACGAACCUUGGUGAAAAGUUAACUGAAGAAGAAGUGGAUGAAAUGAUGAGAGAGGCAGAUCAGGAUGGAAAUGGAACCAUUGACUACAAUGAAUUCGUAAACAUCAUGUUAUCAAAGUAAACCUUCGCGUCCGCUGGGCUUCGAAGUUGUAAAGCUACAAUAUGCACGACUGUCAGUCAAUCCGUCUCAAAUAAUUCGAUUCUGUAUUACGUAGGUAAUAUCAUCAUGCUCUAAAAGCUCUUGCAAGUAGUCACCAACUCAACCGUGGUCACUGGUGUGCCAACCAUGGUUUCAUCGUUCUAUAAGCUCAUUUGGUUUCAAGCUCACUACAGCUCGUGGG